AUGGGGAACGGAGUGUGUUCUCGAAGGCAGCGGAGAAUCUUCCAGUCUCUCCUUCUGAUCACCGUGGUUUUCGGGAUGAUUUACGGGGGGAUGAUAUCGUAUGAGAUGCACAAACAGCUGAAGAGGACAGAGGCGAUGGCUGUCAAGUACCAGCAGCAUCAAGAGUCGCUCUCGGCGCAGCUUCAAGGUAAACGUUUUCCCCAGCCGAGGUUUGAAUAAAUAAGGAGAGCGGGAGGAGUUCGAAUGGGUGACUUUUAUUUUUUACUUUAAUAACUUUCUUGACAUUCUUCUUUACCAAUAUCUGCUUUUACUAAAAUAUACAAUUGUAUCAGUUGCUUUUGAAACAAUCUUGCGAGUGUCGAAGUUUUUCCCUGUCACAGCGGUGACUUCUUGUUGGCGUUGGCUGGCUCAGUUUACUGUAUUGAGAGGGUGGGUGGAUUUGUAUGUUUGGACGCAAAACAUCGUUCCCCCACCUAGCCUAUAGCCUAACAUAAAUAUAUAUAUAAAUAAGAAUACAUGGACCAUUUCAAAUGGAUUGGAUAGCCCUUCACUCACAUUCUGUCAGAGGGAACUCACUCUAUCCUACUCACAUUGUUGUGGAGUGGUGAUUCAGUUCCCCUCACUGUCAUUAAAUAUCUACGCUCCACUGUUGAUAGCAUUAAUGUGACCUACAGUAUAUUUAGAGAUGGACUGUUACACAGCCUUUGGGGGAAUAUCGAUUCACAGUUUCCCCUUUUUAACAACAGAACAGCCAUUAACUUCCAUACACUACUAGGGCUUUCGCUGGCCUCAACUCGGCCAACGGCUCUGGUGGCCAAGUCCCACUAAGUAUGCUACUGUAUUUAAAUGUUCUCUAGUAGACAUUUUGCAGACACUAUCAUGCAGAACAUUUUACAAUAACUGCAUUGAAGUGAGGAAGCUAAGUCUCAAUCGAAGGGAUUUAUCAGUCAGAAAUACGUUGUUAUAUUAGGAGGCCUAAUCUGAAAUUGCAUUUUUCUUAUGAAACAGCAGAAGGGUGAAUGAGGUAGAGACACUAGACAGUGAAACAUAAGGAUGAGUGUUAUUUUUUAUUUUCCACUGAAGGAGGAAGAGGCCACUGAAGAUGGCCCUGGAACUGUCCUAACCUUUCACCCCUCCAACCCUCACUCUUAUCACAUACUCACUCCUGUAUGUGUGUGGGUGAAAUACAAAGGGAGAGAGAAGGAUAUUAUUGCCAUGAGGAGAGAUAUCUUGUAUGCUCAGUCAUCUUUGUCUUCACCAGUUGUGGUGGAGCAGGUUGGUGUAGCUAUGUACGUAUACCCAGGUGUAGAGUUGUCACCCGGAGGAGAGAGGGAGUGGCUCAGGUAGGGACACCUGAGAGAGGGACAGGUGAAGGAGACUCUCUAGAGACCCCCUGAUAUUAUGUCAUUGUUAUUAUACAUUAUGUAGGCAUCAUGGUAAACUUACCCUGUGAGCUGAAAGAGGAGUCCUGAAAAGGCCACUGGCUCCAGAAGUCCAAACGGCUCUUCCUCUCAGACCAACCCCAGCUCCACACUCUGUACACACCUUUACCUACCUGGUUUCUCCCCUAGCCAGGUGAGUAGUUAGAGUAAGGGGAAUUGAAGGUAGCCUACCUGUAGCCGACUACACAGGUCCCCUCUGCACCUGUAGAAUGCCGCCCUGUCUGUUUGAAGAUCGAGCCAGAUCUCACCUGUAUAGGGUUGCCCAGUUGAGAGAGAGAGUAUUGGAGAGAUGGACCUGAGCCCAGCUCUACCAACCAGAGGUCCACUCUCUGUACCGAUCUGUCUAACCUGUAUAGGGUUGCUCAGGUGAGUAGAAUUACAAUGGAGGUGGAGCCCAGCCCAGCCCACACACACACACACACACACACACACACACACCUCCCCUCGAGGCCCACGAGUUCCGGGAGAGUUCUAUGAGAGUGUGUGAUCUGACACUGGGCCCAGUUCACUCCACUACCCAACCCUGACCAGCUCAGUCCCCAGAAACUGCCAAAGGUCAAUUUCAUAGUGUGCCUUCUGUUCUCUCAGGCCAUACACUUUAUCAGCCUUAACCAUUGGGGGACACACUCUCAUGACACCUCUGUUCCCAUGCUCACUGAGCUGUCAGAGUAGCACUGUUAGCAGGUAGAAAAGGAAUAGUGUUAUUUUGGGGGGUUUUAAGGUAUAGUGUAACUGAAGGGCAAUUCCACGGUAACGGAAUUACGCUUUGACUCAGUUUUUUUUUCACUUUAAAAUGUAUCGCAAAACAAAACCAUUGAUUUAAAAGUUUAACAAACCAUACAACUCUAUGCACAAGGACGACUUUUAACAAUUUCCACUGAAAAAUGUACAAAAAUGAAUUUAAAGAUGCCCGCCAUUUCCUGGUUGCAAAAAUUGUGACAACGAGCCUGUAGAGAAUCAUUGUACCAUCUAAACCACUGUGACAUAUAUUUUUCAUAACCAAAAAUAUGGCGUUUUCAGCUGGUGUACAAACCCGAAAGUAAAGGAGAAUAAAAUAAACUUAAACACGGGAAUCAUAGAAAUAGCGCGCCUUUGAACAGAUCUACCACUUCUUAGACUUGCUUUCAAUGAGAAUGGCAGAUCUAGAAUUCACAUUUCAUUGUGAAUUUAGUGGUGUCUGCCAAAAAGUUUAUUUUAAAAUGGUUUUAACAUUUAUGAUUUUUUAAGAAUUAUUAUAGUUUUUUAUUUUAUCCCCCUUUUCAAUUACGAUCUUGUCUCAUCGCUGCAGCUCCCCAACGGGCUCGGGAGAGGCGAAGGUUGAGUCAUGCGUCCUCCAAAACAUGACCGCCAAACCGCGCUCCUUAACACCCGCCCGCUUAACCCAGAAGCCAGCUGCACCAAUGUGUCGGAGGAAACACCGUUCAACUGACGACCGAAAUCAGCCUGUAGGCGCCCUGCCCGCCACAAGGAGUCGCUAGAGCGCGAUGAGCCAAGUAAAGCCCCCCCGGCCAAACCCUCCCCUAACCCGGACGACGUUGGGCCAAUUGUGCGCCGUCUUAUGGGACUCCCACUCACGGCCGGUUGUGACUGGGAUCGAACCCGGGUCUGUAGUGACGCCUCAAGCACUGCAAUGCAUUGCCUUAGACUGCUGCGCCACUCGGGAGGCCCACAUAUUGGAGCUUUAAUGGAAGAACUGUGCAGAUGCAAACUUUGGUAACGGAUUAUGGUAAAAUCUCCCUCAGGUUUUUAUGCGACCAUGUUUUCCAAAAAUUCUCUUUUAAAUAUUUGCUCCGAAUUAAGAUUAAAAGAUGUCUGCAGAAAGAAUUGUAUGACAUGAGACCUUGAGUUUGAAAAAUCUAUUUUGCUUAUUGAACUACAGUAAGUGAAGUGAAUUUACACCCGGUAACGGAAUUACGGUAACAGUAUUACACCAUGGGUCCCUAAUCUGUACUACACAGAAAUUCAUAAUUACGGAUGUUUCACAAGUUUGGACAUCACAGUUUAGCACAAUAGAGUAGAGUACAAUACAGCAGAGCAUAGGGCAGAGUACAAUAUACUGUACUGAACAGUACUAUACUGUACUUUUCUUUACUGUAUUGUACUACUGUAUUUUAUUGGACUGUACUCUACUGUGCUCUACUUGUCACACCCUGGCUCUGGGACUCUAUAUGUUGAGCCAGGGUGUGUUCAUUCUAUGUGUUUAUUUCUAUGUUGGUAAUUCUGUUGUGUUUAUUUCUAUGUUGGCUAGAGUGACUCCCAAUCAGAGGCAACGAGUGUCAGCUGUCGUUGGUUGUCUCUGAUUGGGAGCCAUAUUUAUACUGUCUAUUUUCCCUUUGUGUUUGUGGGUUCUUGUUCCGUGUUCGGUCAUUGUUACCGUGGACUUCACGAGUCGUUUCUUGUUUUGUUGAUUGUGUUCUAUUAUCACUAAAGAUAAUAAAGUUAAACAUGUUCGUUCAUCACGCUGCGCCUUGGUCUGUUCAUUACGACGAUCGUGACAGAAGAACCCACCAUGCAACGACCAAGCAGCGUGUCCAGGGGCAGCUCUUGGGCUGGACAUGGGAGGAAGCGCCGGGAGAAGAGACGGUGGAGGCGCGCCGUAGAGAGGAGCAGCGGCGCCAAACAGGUCAACGUCGGACAGGCGAGAGGCAACCCCAGAAAUUUUUUAGGGGGGGGCACACGGCAUGGACGACGGGGCUGACGGAGGCAGAAAAGGGGCGGAUUCAGAAGGCCACCAGGUUACGGAUACACCGCCCUGUACGUCCUGUGCGGAUGCCUCACACAGAGUGUGUGAGGGUAGGCAUUCAGCCAGGACGGGUUGUGGCCGCUCUUCACUCCAGGUCUCCUAUCCGUCUCCACAGCCCGGUUCGGCCUGUCCCUGCUCCACGCACCAAGCCUACGGUGUGCGUCGCCAGCCCAGCCCGGCCUGUCCCUGCUCUACGCACCAAGCCUACGGUGUGCGUCGCCAGCCCAGCCCGGCCUGUCCCUGCUCCACGCACCAAGCCUACGGUGUGCGUCGCCAGCCCGGCCCGGCCUGUUCCUGCCACUCGCACCAAGUCUACGGUGUGCGUCGCCAGCCCAGCCCGGCCUGUCCCUGCUCUACGCACCAAGCCUACGGUGUGCGUCGCCAGCCCAGUCCGGCCUGUCCCUGCUCUACGCACCAAGCCUACGGUGUGCGUCGCCAGCCCAGUCCGGCCUGUCCCUGCUCCACGCACCAAGCCUACGGUGUGCGUCGCCAGCCCGGCCCGGCCUGUUCCUGCCACUCGCACCAAGUCUACGGUGUGCGUCGCCAGCCCGGCCCGGCCUGUUCCUGCCACUCGCACCAAGUCUACGGUGUGCGUCGCCAGCCCGGCCUGUCCCUGCUCUACGCACCAAGCCUACGGUGUGCGUCGCCAGCCCAGUCCGGCCUGUCCCUGCUCUACGCACCAAGCCUACGGUGUGCGUCGCCAGCCCAGUCCGGCCUGUCCCUGCUCCACGCACCAAGCCUACGGUGUGCGUCGCCAGCCCGGCCCGGCCUGUUCCUGCCACUCGCACCAAGUCUACGGUGCGCGUCGCCAGCCCGGCCCGGCCUGUUCCUGCCACUCGCACCAAGUCUACGGUGCGCGUCGCCAGCCCGGCCCGGCCUGUUCCUGCCACUCGCACCAAGUCUACGGUGCGCGUCGCCAGCCCGGCCCGGCCUGUUCCUGCCACUCGCACCAAGUCUACGGUGCGCGUCGCCAGCCCGGCCUGUUCCUGCCACUCGCACCAAGUCUACGGUGCGCGUCGCCAGCCCGGCCCGGUCUGUUCCUGCCACUCGCACCAAGUCUACGGUGCGCGUCGCCAGCCCGGUCCGGCCUGUUCCUGCCACUCGCACCAAGUCUACGGUGCGCGUCGCCAGCCCGGCCCGGCCUGUUCCUGCUACUCGCACUAAGCCAGGGGUGCGAGACGUCAGCCUGGUAAGGCCUGUUCCUGCUACUCGCACUAAGCCAGGGGUGCGAGACGUCAGCCUGGUAAGGCCCGUCCCUCCUCCACGCACCAAGCCAGGGGUGCGAGUCGUCAGCCUGGUAAGGCCCGUUCCUCCUCCACGCACUAAGCCAGGGGUGCGAGUCGUCAGCCUGGUAAGGCCCGUUCCUCCUCCACGCACUAAGCCAGGGGUGCGAGUCGUCAGCCUGGUAAGGCCCGUUCCUCCUCCACGCACCAAGCCAGGGGUGCGCGUCGUCAGCCUGGUAAGGCCCGUUCCUCCUCCACGCACCAAGCCAGGGGUGCGCGUCGUCAGUCCAGCACAACCCGUGCCUGGGUCACCGGUGCCUGGUAGGGUACCGGUCAACUGCUCCACUAUGGAGCUGAAGCUAACCGCUCCUGCUAAGUCCAGUUCAGCUCCAGCCUGCGGGGCCAGACUGGACCAGGGGCGCUAUGGGGGGUUUAUUGGAGGGUGGUGGUCAAGGCCGGAGCCAGAACCGCCGCCGAGGAGGUAUGCCCGCCCAGCCCUCCCCUGUUUUGUUCAGGUUGAGGCGCGGUCGCAGUCCGCGCCUUUAGGGGGGGGUACUGUCACACCCUGGCUCUGGGACUCUAUAUGUUGAGCCAGGGUGUGUUCAUUCUAUGUGUUUAUUUCUAUGUUGGUAAUUCUGUUGUGUUUAUCUCUAUGUUGGCUAGAGUGACUCCCAAUCAGAGGCAACGAGUGUCAGCUGUCGUUGGUUGUCUCUGAUUGGGAGCCAUAUUUAUACUGUCUAUUUUCCCUUUGUGUUUGUGGGUUCUUGUUCCGUGUCCGGUCAUUGUUACCGUGGACUUCACGAGUCGUUUCUUGUUUUGUUGAUUGUGUUCUAUUAUCACUAAAGAUAAUAAAGUUAAACAUGUUCGUUCAUCACGCUGCGCCUUGGUCUGUUCAUUAUGACGAUCGUGACACUACUAACUGAAGGGAGGACAGUAGUAGGUGACCCAACUGUGGUUUGUGACUGUUAUGAUUUCCCAUUGUAGCCAAUUCAGUUCCAGUAAUUCCGUUACCAAUUUGUUAACUCAAUUACGAGUUUCAAUCACUUAAUAAUUAAUAAAUCAGUUAAAUCACUAUAACUCAUUGGUUGGUCUACCAUUACUUGUUACUUCUGUGACGUGAGGGAUAAAAAUAUUUUAAAGAUAUGUUGGUUUCUGGUAACGGAAUUACAAGGCAAUAUUUCUUAGACUUACAGAAGGUAAGCAAUUUAUCCAAAACUAAAUAUGUGUUGAUAGUAGUUGGCUGGGGUCUUUACGUCAACAUUAUUGUGUUUUAAUGUAUUUCUGCUACCUUUUUAAAUACUUUUUCUGGUAGAUGUUUUCUAAGACCCCUUUCCCAUCUGUUUAUUCAGAAAUCAAAGCCUUUACCUAUACCUAAUUUUUAAGAUGGAACAUUUUAGAAAAAUGUAUCUAUGCCUUAAUUUCCCAAAAAUAUGGACUCUUAGCUUUCAUUUGACACACAAUUGCGGCAGGUAGCUUAGUGGUUAAGAGCGUUGUGCCAGUAACCGAAAGGUCGCUGGUUCUAAUUGAGCAAGGAACUUAACCCUAAUUGCUCCUGUAAAUCGCUCUGGAUAAGAGCGUCUGCUAAAUGACUAAAAUGUAAAUGUAAAUUUGAUAUGCUCCUAUGAACUUCACAUGUUGGUGCUCAUGGGUCCUUUUCGAUGGAUAUGCUCUGAUGCUGCUGAGAAUGAGACCUAGGACACGGUUGUGUUUGUUCCUGGUACAACAGGGCAUUCUCUGGGUUUGAACACUUGACUCACUGUUGUUCUAGACUUGAUUCAGUGUCUCUUUCCCUCUCCUGCCUUGCCGCUUUACUCUUCUCUCUCAGCCUCCUCCCUUCCUCUUCCUCAGCAUCUUCCUCACUCUCUUCCCUUCCUCUUCUCUCUACCUUUCCCUCUUCCUCUAGCCACACACCAUCUCUCUUUCUUCAUUUCCUCUCCCUCUCUUCCCUCAGCCUCUCUAUCUCUAUUCUCCCUACAUCCUUCCCUACCUCCUUCCCUACCUGUCUCUUCUGUCUCCCAGUAGUGUGAGUUUUUUUGCUUCACAGUUUGUCUCUGUCCUGGCUUCCCCUCACCUAACCUAUCAAAACCCGACUGGCUUGACAGAGAGAGGGACGCAUGGCCUAACCUAAGAGAGAUCACUGGCACUGAGAAAUGAGCACAGUGGAGCUGUAAAGCUCAGACCACACUCUCAUGUCUCUGUCCUGGUCCCUGGUAAAGUCAUGGUCCCAGUAUAUGGGUAUAUCUCAAUAGUCUAACCAUUCUUCCUCUCCCCAUUUCCAUUCCUUCACCCACGCUCAUCUGAGAAGUGGACAGGUGAAAGUACAGGUAGGCUUCCUUCUGCCAAAUUGCUUCCACUCCCCUUGUGUCCAGAUCAGUGCCGAUAAACGAAUUGAGAUGUAGCCUACCCAGAAUGUAUGUUGUGGAAUUUAUCUCUAGCGUUAAAGGGAGUUAGAAGCACUGUGGCACUGUGUAAUAAGUACAUGCUUUAAACCUGUGAUGUUGAAUGCAUGUACAAUAGGCCUUUGUUAAACUACCUAUUGUAAUAAAGUGACCAUAAAAGCUCUCUGAUAACAGUAAAAGCUCUCUGAUAACAGUAAAAGCUCUCUGAUAACAGUAAAAGCUCUCUGAUAACAGUAAAAGCUCUCUGAUAACAGUAAAAGCUCUCUGAUAACAGUAAAAGCUCUCUGAUAACAGUAUCUGUAAGGAAAAGCUGCUAGAAGGAACAAGUUGAAUCUGCUGCUCAGAUUUUCCAGGUGGUAUUACAGGGAGAACAGGUAGGGUGGGAUAUUUUCCUUGGCUUUUCAUGGUGUCACUCUACCCCUUUCAAGUCUGGGGAAACACAGUGGCCUGGUAUUCUGCCACACUGUACUCUCUGUUUAGGGCCAAAUAGCAUUCUAGUUUGCUCAGAUUUUUUUUGUUAAUUAUUUAUCUCUCUCUCUCAUAGACAAAGAUUAAUAGUUUUGCGUAUAACUUUUUGGAAAUAAAGCUUCUCCUCCCGAUUGUGCCGUUCUGCUUGUAAAAUUAUUACCAACUUUACCCACUUUGGGAUCUGAGAAAAGGUGGGGGUUAGGUAAAGGUGAGAGCUCAAUCUCUGUUACGUCAUACUGUGGAAUAUCACACCCGUCCAUCAAUCAACGAUGGCAAUGCCAUAAUACACAUUCUGAACCAAUACAGAACACCCUCACUCAUUCAGACACACACAUACAGUAGACACACACAGACACAGCAAAGGAUCUGUUUGCUUGUUCAACGCAAUUAUCCUCGUGUGUGUUAAGUCUAAAUGUUUGUAUCAUAGAUGCCUUUCUGUUUAGCUCCAACUCCAGAUGGCUCUGUGAGAACAUCCUCACACAUUAACACUGUUUAGCUCCAACUCCAGAUGGCUCUGUGAGAACAUCCUCACACAUUAACACUGUUUAUCUUCAACUCCAGAUGGCUCUGUGAGAACAUCCUCACACAUUAACACUGUUUAGCUUCAACUCCAGAUGGCUCUGUGAGAAUAUCCUCACACAUUAACACUGUUUAGCUUCAACUCCAGAUGGCUCUGUGAGAACAUCCUCACACAUUAACACUGUUUAGCUUCAACUCCAGAUGGCUCUGUGAGAACAUCCUCACACAUUAACACUGUUUAUCUUCAACUCCAGAUGGCUCUGUGAGAACAUCCUCACACAUUAACACUGUUUAUCUUCAACUCCAGAUGGCUCUGUGAGAACAUCCUCACACAUUAACACUGUUUAGCUCCAACUCCAGAUGGCUCUGUGAGAACAUCCUCACACAUUAACACUGUUUAGCUCCAACUCCAGAUGGCUCUGUGAGAACAUCCUCACACAUUAACACUGUUUAUCUCCAACUCCAGAUGGCUCUGUGAGAACAUCCUCACACAUUAACACUGUUUAGCUUCAACUCCAGAUGGCUCUGUGAGAACAUCCUCACACAUGAACACUGUUUAGCUCCAACUCCAGAUGGCUCUGUGAGAACAUCCUCACACAUUAACACUGUUUAGCUCCAACUCCAGAUGGCUCUGUGAGAACAUCCUCACACAUUAACACUGUUUAGCUUCUUACUCCUGAGUGGCGCAGUGGUCUAAGGCACUGCACCGCAGUGCUAACUGUGCCACUAGAUCCUGGUUCGAAUCCAGGCUCUGUCGCAGCCGGCCGCGACCGGGAGACUCAUGGGCGGCGCACAAUUGGCCCAGCGUCGUCCAGGGUAGGGGAGGGAAUGGCCGGCAGGGAUGUAGCUCAGUUGAUAGAGCAUGGUGUUUGCAACGCCAGGGUUGUGGGUUCGAUUCCCACGGGGGGCCAGUAUAAAAAAAAUAUGUAUUCACUAACUGUAAGUCGCUCUGGAUAAGAGCGUCUGCUAAAUGACUAAAAUGUAAAUGUAAAUGUUAGCUUCAACUCCAGAUGGCUCUGUGAGAACAUCCUCACACAUUAACACUGUUUAGCUUCAACUCCAGAUGGCUCUGUGAGAACAUCCUCACACAUUAACACUGUUUAGCUCCAACUCCAGAUGGUUCUGUGAGAACAUCCUCACACAUUAACACUGUUUAUCUCCAACUCCAGAUGGCUCUGUGAGAACAUCCUCACACAUUAACACUGUUUAGCUUCAACUCCAGAUGGCUCUGUGAGAACAUCCUCACACAUUAACACUGUUUAGCUUCAACUCCUGAUGGCUCUGUGAGAACAUCCUCACACAUUAACACUGUUUAGCUUCAACUCCAGAUGGCUCUGUGAGAACAUCCUCACACAUUAACACUGUUUAGCUUCAACUCCAGAUGGCUCUGUGAGAACAUCCUCACACAUUAACACUGUUUAGCUUCAACUCCUGAUGGCUCUGUGAGAACAUCCUCACACAUUAACACUGUUUAGCUUCAACUCCAGAUGGCUCUGUGAGAACAUCCUCACACAUGAACACUGUUUAGCUUCAACUCCAGAUGGCUCUGUGAGAACAUCCUCACACAUGAACACUGUUUUUUUUUCUCCCUCUCUUUCCCUCCAUCUUUCUCCUCCCUCUCUUUUCUCAGUGGUGUAUGAGCAUCGCUCGCGGUUAGAGAAGUCUCUGCAGAAGGAACGCUUGGAGCACAAGAAGGCCAAAGAGGGUGAGCGAGACACACAGCAGCCAAUAGUGUCUAAAUUACUAGAGUCUACAAAUUACUACAAAGUACACCAAUCCUCAAUUAUACAUUCUUUACAACUGUGGUGAUUCCAUCAUUUCUUUUCCUCCUUUCUCCAACAGAUUAUCUGGUGUAUAAACUUGAAGCCCAACAGUCACUGAACAAGGAGAAGGUAGGCCUGAGUCCCCAACUCUAGUACUCGUGAUAGAAAGUUAUGCAGUUAAAUUCAGCUGUAAUGUGCCCAUCUGUUUAGUAGGACUAUUCAAUUAUUCUGUCUAACUGCCAAAAUCUGUCUAGACUGAGCAGCAGUUGUGUUCUAAUGGUUUUAUUAGGUCAGCAGCACUGAUGUCACUCUUUCUGCUGUGAGCUGAAAUGCCUCUUUAUGAGGGGAGUGUGGUUGGGGGAUGUUAUUCAUAAUAUUAUAGGAGGAGUGGAGACGGGGAUUGUACAUGUUGUUGAUAAUAUAAUAUCAAAGGAGGGGGGGGGGGGGGGGGCAUACCAUCGUGCUCCACACUCUCAUGCUCUGAGUGCAUUCUCCAAGGACGUUCUCUUGAAUACGUUCUCUUGAGUACAUUCUUGUGAAGACGAGAGUGUGGAGAACUCAUAAAACAUUACAUUUGAGAAGCACUCACUCUCCCCCUACUGUGUUACCUCAGGCUGCACCUCCCCAUUCACUGAACCUUCUUCCAGCCAGGACAAUGGCAACAGAGACGAAACAAGAUAUACACAAAGCAAACGUUUUACUUCAUAACUAUCGGCUAGCUAUAUGUGAAUCGUAAUAAUAUAGCUAUCCAGAUAUUUUAACAAGCAAACAUGAACUAAAACGAAUGUUAUGCAAGGUAGAUGUCAAUUAUUUGUGGGUAGCUAGCGAACAAUUCUUUGUGCCUAUCUGGCUAGCUGACAGUAGUAGCUAGCCAGUUAGCCCUAUUGACUUACUAUGGGCUUACGACCUACGCACACUACAGUGGGUAUUGUAGGCAGGUAAACAUGCCAAAAUUAACACUGCAUGUAUUUAUUAACGUAUCAAGAUAAAAUAUUGUAGUCCGGCAACAUAUGACAUGUGAAUAUUAAAGUAGGAGUAGAGACAGGGAUUGUAAAUGUUGUUGAUAAUAUAAUUUUAAAGGAGGAGUGGAGACAGGGAUUGUAAAUGUUUGUUUGUUAAACAGCAGGACUCCAGCAGCAGAUUCAACUCCUUACAUGGGCAGCACCAGAUGCUGAAGGUCUGUAAGAACACACACACACACACACACACACACACACACACACACACACACACACACACACUGACCCACCCUCUGUCCUUGUUGUUUUAGAAGCAGCAUGAGGACCUGAAGAAGCAGCACUAUGACCUGCAGGAGCAGCAUCAGAUUCAGGGAGAGGACCAAGGCAAGGCCUUGGACGAACACAAGGACCGCUUCGACAAACUACAGCAGACCAAAGAGAUGGAAGUCUCCAAACUCAAAGGUACACACACACAUACACACACACACAUACCCACACAGAGACACACAGACACACACAGGAGGACAUAAGUAAAUACUAGCAGAUCUUUGUCUCCCUCUCCUGGGUUGGAGCAGUGUUGCAGUUUGGAGUUGAGGAAUGAUACAAUGGCAUAAUAACAUUGUAAUAAAUAUAAUAUAUGGUGUUUAUGUUAUUACUGCAGAGAAUGUGUAUAAUCUGCGAGAGGAGAAUAAGCAGCUGAGGAGAGCCCACCAGGACAUCCAUGUCCAGUUGCAGGAUGCACGGGUGAGUACUGGGAAUUAGUGCUGAGCGAUUAACCAACAUUUCAUUGUUGUUGUUGUUUUUUUUUGGGGGGGGGGGGGGGGUUUAUUAAACCACAAAUUGACCGACGUUGGUUCAAUUACUUAGUUCGUUUUAUUUAUUUUGCCAAAUGCGCCGUUUCUCUAGAGAGAAAUCAAAUCAUUAACGAGAGAAUUAUGGGACGCUGGGCUGAAGGGAGUUGUAGUUUUCAUUAAACAAAUAUUCCACCUAGUUCAGCGCAAUAAGGUCGUAAUUAACUACAAUUACCAUAAUCCUUUGCGGCAGUUUUUUCCUGCUCAGACACGGGUCAAAGAGGAAGAGGCGAAGAGAGAGGUUUCACUCUCGACAGUCUGUCCAAAAUAAUCCCAAUGCGUUUUUUUUUAUUUUGGACCUAAACUUGUUGGCUGCCUUCCCGCCUUUUGGACAACGACUACCCAUUGUUAGGGCGGAGACAUCAGCAUCUCGUCAUUAUAUGCAGAUCUCUGGACGGAUACACUUUUAUGCCUGCUACGUUAGAUACACACAGACCAUACACAACACAACGACGAGGGACAGACAGUUGCCUUAUCAAUUUUGAAGAAUUAAGUAAAAUGAUUUCGUCAGACAGCUCUGCAGCAUACUUAGGCAGGCUAGCUUAAUAGGAUGACUAAAGACAGUACAGUAUGAGGAGAACAGAGAUGUUUAGCUGCUACUGCUUGAGUAAAGAUUAGAUGAUUAGUUUAAGGAAUGAAAACUAAGUAAUAUACACAACUGAAAUAUAUAUAUAUAUAUAUAUAUAUAUAUAUAUAUAUAUAUAUAUAUAUAAUUUUUUUUUUCCAUAGUCAUUUCCUAUGUUUCUAUUGAUGUCUGCCCAAUGUGGACCUGACAGAGACAAUGGAAUAUUUUCAAUGUUUUGGUAAAUUAAUGUUCACUAUUUUUGGCUUUGGAAUUUCCAUUAAAAAGCUCUAAAAUUAUUGUCAUGUCAUUAUUUCAUAAUGCAUUUAAUGUAAAAAAAAAAGGAAGUAAUCGAAAAACAUGAUUCUUUUUUAAUAAUCUAACCUAAACCGAACCGACCUCAAAAAAGCACUUGUUGCUCAGCACUGCUGGGAAUAGUAGAGCUUGGUCAGAGUACAACCUGGAAUUGUUUAUGUAAAAAACGUAGAUAUGAAAUAUGGAAGAAGCUCUCUUAAGGUCAUUGGAAAGCUAGGAGGAUCCAUCACCAUGUUAUUUUUAUCUUACUAUAUUAUUAUUAUUAUUACAGAUAGUACAUAAGGACUUGAAGGCUGCCCAUGAUCAGCUUGCACUGACGCUAGAGGACCACAAGAGUGCGCUGGCCGCAGCUCAGGUAGGGUGAUACUGCACUGUGUGGGGGUAUGUUCUUUCUAACAUGAUAUCUAGUGACGAUCCUGGUUUCUAAAAUAAUAACAAUAUGGCAUUUAGCAGACGCUUUUAUCCAAAGCGACUUACAGUCAUGUGCGCAUACAUUUUUACGUAUGGGUGGUCCCGGGGAUCGAACCCACUACCCUGGCGUUACAAGCGCCAUGCUCUACCAAUUGAGCUACAGAGGACCAACCAAAAUGAUAUCUACUGACUAUCCUGGUUUCUAACAUGGCCUUCUAGGGACUAUCCUGGUUUCUAACAUGAUAUCUAGGGACUAUCCUGGUUUCUAACAUGAUAUCUAGGGACUAUCCUGGUUUCUAACAUGAUAUCUAGUGACUAUCCUGUUUCUAACAUGAUAUCUAGUGACUAACCUGGUUUCUAUCAUGAUAUCUAGUGACUAUCCUGGUUUCUAACAUGAUAUCUAGUGACUAUUCUGGUUUCUAACAUGAUAUCUAGUGACAAUCCUGGUUUCUAACAUGAUAUCUAGUGACUGUCCUGGUUUCUAACAUGAUAUCUAGUGACUAUCCUGGUUUCUAACAUGAUAUCUAGUGACUAUCCUGGUUUCUAACAUGAUAUCUAGUGGCUAUCCUGGUUUCUAACAUGAUAUCUAGUGACUAUCCUGGUUUCUAACAUGAUAUAUAGUGACUAUUCUGGUUUCUAACAUGAUAUCUAGUGACAAUCUUGGUUUCUAACAUGAUAUCUAGUGACUGUCCUGGUUUCUAACAUGAUAUCUAGUGACUAUCCUGGUUUCUAACAUUAUAUCUAGUGGCUAUCCUGGUUUCUAACAUGAUACAGUGGGGGACUAAAGUAUUUAGUCAGCCACCAAUUGUGCAAGUUCUCCCACUUAAAAAGAUGAGAGAGGCCUGUAAUUUUCAUCAAAGGUACACGUCAACUAUGAAAGACAAAUUGAGAAAAAAAAAUCCAGAAAAUCCCAUUGUAGGAUUUUUAAUGAAUUUAUUUGCAAAUUAUGGUGGAAAAUAAGUAUUUGGUCACCUACAAACAAGCAAUAUUUCUGGCUCUCACAGACCUGUAACUUCUUCUUUAAGAGGCUCCUCUGUCCUCCACUCGUUACCUGUAUUAAUGGCACCUGUUUGAACUUGUUAUCAGUAUAAAAGACACCUGUCCACAACCUCAAACAGUCACACUCCAAACUUCACAAUGGCCAAGACCAAAGAGCUGUCAAAGGACACCAAAAACAAAAUUGUAGACCUGCACCAGGCUGGGAAGACUGAAUCUGCAAUAGGUAAGCAGCUUGGUUUGAAGAAAUCAACUGUGGGAGCAAUUAUUAGGAAAUGGAAGACAUACAAGACCACUGAUAAUCUCCCUCGAUCUGGGGCUCCACGCAAGAUCUCACCCCGUGGGGUCAAAAUGAUCACAAGAACGGUGAGCAAAAAUCCCAGAACCACACGGGGGGACCUAGUGAAUGACCUGCAGAGAGCUGGGACCAAAGUAACAAAGCCAACCAUCAGUAACACACUACGCCGCCAGGGACUCAAAUCCUGCAGUGCGAGACGUGUCCCCCUGCUUAAGCCAGUACAUGUCCAGGCCCGUCUGAAGUGCAUUUGGAUGAUCCAGAAGAGGAUUGGGAGAAUGUCAUAUGGUCAGAUGAAACCAAAAUAUAACUUUUUGGUAAAAACUCAACUCGUCAUGUUUGGAGGACAAAAAUGCUGAGUUGCAUCCAAAGAACACCAUACCUACUGUGAAGCAUGGGGUUGGAAACAUCAUGCUUUGGGGCUGUUUUUCUGCAAAGGGACCAGGACGACUGAUCCGUGUAAAGGAAAGAAUGAAUGGGGCCAUGUAUCGUGAGAUUUUGAGUGAAACCCUCCUUCCAUCAGCAAGGGCAUUGAAGAUGAAACGUGGCUGGGUCUUUCAGCAUGACAAUGAUCCCAAACACACCGCCCGGGCAAUGAAGGAGUGGCUUCGUAAGAAGCAUUUCAAGGUCCUGGAGUGGCCUAGCCAGUCUCCAGAUCUCAACCCCAUAGAACAUCUUUGGAGGGAGUUGAAAGUCUGUGUUGCCCAGCGACAGCCCCAAAACAUCACUGCUCUAGGGGAGAUCUGCAUGGAGGAAUGGGCCAAAAUACCAGCAACAGUGUGUGAAAACCUUGUGAAGACUUACAGAAAACGUUUGACCUGUGUCAUUGCCAACAAAGGGUAUAUAACAAAGUAUUGAGAAACUUUUGUUAUUGACCAAAUACUUAUUUUCCACCAUCAUAUGCCAAUAAAUUCAUUAAAAAUCCUACAAUGUGAUUUUCUGGAUUUUUUUUUCUCAUUUGUCUGUCAUAGUUGACGUGUACCUAUGAUGAAAAUUACAGGCCUCUCUCAUCUUUUUAAGUGGGAGAACUUGCACAAUUGGUGGCUGACUAAAUACUUUUUUUCCCCACUGUAUAUAGUGGCUAUCCUGGUUUCUAACAUGAUAUCUAGUGACUAUCCUGGUUUCUAACAUGAUAUCUAGGGACUAUCCUGAUUUCUAACAUGAUAUCUAGGGACUAUCCUGAUUUCUAACAUGAUAUCUAGGGACUAUCCUGAUUUCUAACACGAUAUCUAGUGACUAUCCUGGUUUCUAACAUGAUAUAUAGUGACUAUCCUGGUGAAGGACAGGAAGGCAUGACUUGGAGGGGCAGUGUCGGUCUGUGUGUGUGUGUGUGUGUGUCUGUCUGGGGUUUUGGGCAACGGGAGGACGGGAGGACGGGCGUCAGGUGGUUUGGUUCACUAAGGGGUGUCUGAGCUUUAGCGGCACAUCAAAAGCAUGCUUAAGCUAAUCGAGCAGGAAAAUAUAAUGGGUUGAUUGGAGAGAGCGAGAGAAAGAAAGAGUGAGAGGGAAAGAAUUUGCAAAGAAUGUAAGAAUUCUACAGCUUUGUCUGUCAGAAAAGCAAUGUUUGAUAAAUGGGGUAUUGCAGCUUAAUUGGUCCAGUCCAUUUGCUGGACAAGGGGGAGAAAGGACUGUACCAUUUAAUUCUGGAAAGGGGGGGGUUGAUGUGGGCUGGGCUAAUGGUCCUUCACUCAGAUGUCUUGCCAUCUGUAGGUGGGCUGUCCCUCUGCAUGUCUGCUGCCUGCUUGUCCCCCGCCUGCUUGUCCCCCUCGCAAGAUGACCUCUCGUUUCUCACCUUUGACCCCUGAUCUUCUGGCUUCUUUGACGCUGUCUUCCUGGUUCUGAGGAGGCUGCCUCCUAACACUCUUCUAACCUUCAGCUAACCUUUGCUCAUGCAAGUUUGCAAGUGCCCUUCAAUAAAUCUGACUUAUUAAUGUUGUUUGCAUGACCUGGCCUCACUGAUUCCUUAUGGUUAUUUAAUAGUUGUCUGAAGGUUGUCUGAAGGUUGUCUGAUGGUCUCUCCUCAGGUCCAGGUAGAUGAGUUUAAACAACUCAAAGAGACCCUGAUCAGAAUGCCAAGCCUUCGACAUGAUCAAAACCCCGCCCACCAACAGGCCCAGCCUGCUGCUGUAUUGGCCGAGCCCCAUGAACAGGGCCCGCCCCUACCACAGCCAGCUGCCUUAUUGGCUGAGCCCCACGUAGAAGCACACACCCAUGACGAAGAACAAGGGAACACACAGUCCAGGGUAGAGGAGGCAUUUUAAUCUGUCAUGUUAUUUUGUGACUGUCACACACACAUUGUCUCACACACACACACACACACACACUAACACACACUCUCAUCCUCUCUAACCCACUCUGUUCUUCUAAUAACCAGUUGCAUCUGCAGGAAGAGGUGGGCAAGCCAGAGUUCCAGUCUCAGCCUGCCGGGUCCCACCAUGCUGAGAAAGAGAAAGAGGGAUAUGGAGAGGGGGAGGCAGAGAGGAGAAGAGAGCUGGCGGAGGAAGAGAUGGAGCAGGCGGGGCAGCCUCAGAAGCUGGAGGAGGAAUCUGAACAACCACAGGAGGACGAGGGGUUGGAGGCGGAACACGACCAGCCAGACAACAACGCUCUCAACCGUCAGAGACGCCAACCACAACUGGUAAGAACCAGUUAGAACGGCUUAAUACAAGCUCUUUAGAACAGCAUUAGAACGGCUUAAUACAAGCUCUUUAGAACAGCAUUAGAACUGCUUAAUACAAGCUCUUUAGAACAGCAUUAGAACGGCUUAAUACAAGCUCUUUAGAACAGCAUUAGAACGGCUUAAUACAAGCUCUUUAGAACAGCUUAAUACAAGCUCUUUAGAACAGCAUUAGAACGGCUUAAUACAAGCUCUUUAGAACAGCAUUAGAACUGCUUAAUACAAGCUCUUUAGAACAGCAAUUAGAACGGCUUAAUACAAGCUCUUUAGAACAGCAAUUAGAACUGCUUAAUACAAGCUCUUUAGAACAGCAAUUAGAACGGCUUAAUACAAGCUCUUUAGAACAGCAAUUAGAACUGCUUAAUACAAGCUCUUUAGAACAGCAUUAGAACUGCUUAAUACAAGCUCUUUAGAACAGCAUUAGAACGGCUUAAUACAAGCUCUUUAGAACAGCAUUAGAACUGCUUAAUACAAGCUCUUUAGAACAGCAUUAGAACGGCUUAAUACAAGCUCUUUAGAACAGCAUUAGAACGGCUUAAUACAAGCUCUUUAGAACAGCAUUAGAACGGCUUAAUACAAGCUCUUUAGAACAGCAUUAGAACGGCUUAAUACAAGCUCUUUAGAACAGCAUUAGAACUGCUUAAUACAAGCUCUUUAGAACAGCAUUAGAACCUGUUGUCUUAUUGUCUCUCUGGUUUCCCCAGGAUCCACAAAGUGACAUCCACCUCGUCCCUGAGACCCACCUCCAGCAGGAGGCCCACGUGGCCCAGGCGGAGCGGGUGAAGUCUGCCUACGAGCAGCAGCAGGAGCAGCAGCGCCUGGAGGCUGAGCGGGCCCAGAGGACGAGGGAGCUCCAGCUGCGCCAGGAGGCCCUGCAGGCCCAGAGAAUGAGCGUGCAGAGGGAGCGAGAGCUGCGUCUGAGAGCUCAGCACCAGAGAGCGGAGCAGCAGCAUCGAGAGGCGGACCGUCGGGAACAGCUACUGAAGGAGGAGCAGCUUAGGUCAGAGGGCAAGGGGCAGGGGUCAAAGGUUAUGUAGAGGUCACGGAGAGGUCUUAGUUAAAUUCAAUACAAUUCAUAAAUUACCCAUAUGGAAUGGUGUUACAAUAUGUUGUGUUUUAAUGUUAUGUUCUUCAGGAAGAAGAGUGACUAUGGGAACAUGAACAAUGACAUCGUCCAGGGUGAUGAAGAACCUCAUAUUGAUGAUGACGAAGGUGAGAGAAUCAAUCAAUCAAGUCACCAAAAAAGUUCUGUCUGGAUUCUGGAACCAUUUUAAAGAGGGAGACUGAUAUUGACAUUUGGACAAUAUUUGUUCUUUUCUGUGCAUUUUUGACUGAAUAAGACCUUGACUAAUGUGAUUGUAUAUACAUGCUUACCUGGCUGUUAUCUGACUCACUGUUGGUUUGCUGUGUGUACAGAGAGGGACACCCACUUGGAGGAGGACGAGCAAGAGGAAGAGGACCACCGAGUACCACAACUACAGGAGGUCAGACAGAUAUUUAAGUAUACCAAACAGUCUCUAUCAACCUCUGUCAAAUGGUCUGAUGUGAAUCUGUGACCCCAGUUUGAACUGUAGUUUUCACUCUUUUAUUUCUCUCCCAUCAGAUAUUAGAUUAAUAUUUUUUGGUUAUUUUACAUGUUUUAUUAUAUUUAUGAAUCAUAUUCAAACAUGAUAUUAUCAUGUUCAAACAUGUUCUACGCCUUUAAAGUAAUGUAAAAUGAUUGAAUUGACAUUGGUUGACUCUGACACAGUACAUGUCUUUCUAAGAAGUCCUAAAGCCACAGUUAGUGAUGUAGUGAAUUAUGGAGGAUCUGUUGGCACUGGAGGGCUUUAAACUCCUCUCUCUUUCCCUGCCUGACACAAACAUCAGCCCCAACCCCUCCUCUCUCUUUCCCUGCCUGACAAAAACAUCAGCCCCAACCCCUCCUCUCUCUUUCCCUGCCUGACACAACCAUCAGCCCCAACCCCUCCUCUCUCUUUCCCUGCCUGACAAAAACAUCAGCCCCAACCCCUCCUCUCUCUUUCCCUGCCUGGACACAACCAUCAGCCCCAACCCCUCUCUCUCUUUCCCUGCCUGACACAAACAUCAGCCCCAACCCCUCCUCUCUCUUUCCCUGCCUGACACAAACAUCAGCCCCAACCCCUCCUCUCUCUUUCCCUGCCUGACACAACAUCAGCCCCAACCCCUCCUCUCUCUUUCCCUGCCUGACACAAACAUCAGCCCCAACCCCUCCUCUCUCUUUCCCUGCCUGACACAAACAUCAGCCCCAACCCCUCCUCUGUCUUUCCCUGCCUGACACAAACAUCAGUCUCAACCCCUCCUCUGUCUUUCCCUGCCUGACACAAACAUCAGCCCCAACCCCUCCUCUCUCUUUCCCUGCCUGACACAAACAUCAGCCCCAACCCCUCCUCUGUCUUUCCCUGCCUGACACAAACAUCAGUCUCAACCCCUCCUCUCUCUUUCCCUGCCUGACACAACCAUCAGCCCCAACCCUUGCCACAGUCCCUUGGGUGUUGGUCUAGUGUUCUUUCCCUGUCAGUGUGUGUGCUUGCAUAGAUAGUAGAUCAGAGAAACCCACCCCAAUCUGAACUGUGAUAUGCACAGUUUCUCACACACACACACACACACACACACCACACUGACAAACUCUCGCUCUCCGUCCCUCCCGUCCUGCAGGGGGCAGUAGAGGGGGAGGUGGACCCAGAGGAUGACCCUAAUAACCAGGGGGAGGAUGAGUUUGAUGUGGCAGAGGAGCAGCAUCCUCAGCACAGGGAGGAAGAGGAAGAGGAAGAGGAGGCAGCGCCGGCCAAACACACAGACACACACCCCAACCCCAAUCACCCAGCCAUAGAUGAGGAACUGGUGGUGAGAGAAGGAGGGAGGGAAUGAGGGAUGGAGGAGAGAAGAGAGCGAUAGGAACAAGGCUGAGAGAGAGAAAGGAAGGAAGGAAGGAAGGAAGGAGGCGACAGUUAGAAAUAGAGAUAUACCAGGAUGACAAACUUGGUCUGAUACAAGCAACAGGUAAAAGUUGUUCCGGUGACUUUGCCAUGGUAACAGUUGUCAUGGUUUGCAGAUGGCGGUAAACCCCGACCAGCAGGAAGACAACCUGGAUGAGCAGUAUCCGGAGGAGGACGAGGUACACACACACACACACACACACACACACACACAUAGGUUCAAACAGGAGGCGGGAGAAGACAUGGUCUGAUGGUGGUUAAUCCUGUUAGGUGCAGGAGGAUUUGGCCAUGGGGCAGAAGAGGGAGGAGGAGCCAUACAACGAGGAUAACGGAGAACACGUGAGUCUAGAACCCUAUGGAAUAUUGUACGUGGAACCCUGAGUGGGAAAACGACCGUGGGUUUGGUCCAGAGAAGGGACCAGUAGAUAAACCUAAACUCUCUCAGCAUAGACGUGUGUUUGUGUGUCCAUGUCUGGUUACCCCCAAGCUCGUGUGUGUGUGCGCGCGCACUCCAUUCACCCAUCAUAACACUAGUGAAUACUCUGACACUGCUCCAACAUGGUCAGUUUGUCACCGUUCCACCAUACUUGCCUCAAUGUUCUAGAAUGAUCCGCCUGUUGGCCUGUAUUCCAGGUUCUCACUUUACUGCUCUAGAACGUUCCGUCGAUGGCAUUUCCUAGAGUCAAAUAUAGAUAUUUGGCUGCUCUAGUCUAGAACAUUGCUCCACUCCACAUCCUGUCUAUGGUCUCACCCACCUGGUGACUGUGUUUGUUCUGCUGUAGGAUGAAGUGAAAGUCCGGGAGGUCCCAGCAGGAAAAGCGGGAGAACACAGGAAAGAAGGAGAGAUCAACGAGGAGGAGAACUACGAAGAGGAAGAGGAAGAGGAGGUGGCGGUUGGACGGGACAAGCGGCCUAAUCGAAGGGAGAUGUGA